CUCAAGUUCUGUUGUUGUCGCGCCGUGCGCCGCUCGCGCUGAUAACGCGAUGCCACGCCGGCCUGCGCACGCGCACCACGCUACGCUCCGCAGCUUAAAGCUCGCGCGGACUUAAAAAAAUUUAACCCCUAGUGAUGGAAUGGAUAUUUAUUGUCAGUGAUCAGUGAUUGACUGGACGAGUAUAAUUAACUGAACUGUAAUAUUGUUUUUGUGUGCCCCUGUAACUGAUAGAACAUAGUGUCAAAGAAAGUGAAAACGAUACGUUGUGCUAUUGAGAGGAUUAUAUCGAAUUGAAACAUUUUUUUAAUUGUUUUCUGUGCGACACUGAUUGAAAUAAAGUCAAAGAAAAUCUGAAGGAUAAACGUGUAUUAAACGGUUUUUCUGCUGUAAAAGUGAAAAAUCACCGCCGCCAAGCUGACUACCGCAAAUGAGAUUAUACCCAGUUACCACGUCCAAGCGCUAAUAGGUCGGUGCCGCACGAGCCCGAUGAGCGCGUGCGCGGCGGCCGCCAUGCGCGAAAAGCACGCGGCGCCGCGCCGCCUCGCCUCCCCCCCGCAUUCCCCACACGAGCACCACUCCAGCCCCCUCGGCUCCCCUCGAGCCGACGAACCUCUCGACCUCAGAGUCACGCACAAACGUCCGCCACGAUUGGAAGAUGAAAACUGUAACCUGAUCGCACCCUCACCGCCGCCACACCCAACGCAUCCUGCACAUCCAGCGCAUCCAGCACUACUGCAGUUCUGUCGACGAUUACCUUUGGCUUUACCGGCAUCGUUCGGCCGCUACCCCUUCCUACCCGCAGCGGCGGCGGCGACCCUACUCGCCCCCGGCGCGCCCCGAGCACCGCCCGUGCCUCCUAAUCCAGGAGUUCCGAGAGCGAGAGAUCGCUACACAUGUUCAUACUGUGGCAAAGCGUUUCCGCGCAGCGCAAACUUAACGCGACACUUAAGGACACAUACAGGUGAACAGCCGUACCGUUGUAAAUACUGCGAGCGCUCCUUCUCGAUAUCUUCGAACCUUCAGCGGCACGUGAGAAAUAUUCACAACAAGGAAAGGCCGUUCCGGUGUCGUCACUGCGACCGCUGCUUCGGCCAGCAGACAAACCUCGACAGGCACCUGAAGAAGCACGAGGCGGAGAACGGCGACGACAGCCGCAGAAGAUCUCCGGACGAGACGUACUUCGAGGAGAUCAGAUCGUUCAUGGGGCGCGUGGCGCCGGCGCGACGAGCGGCCGCCGCCGCCACCGCCAGUGCCGCGGACCACACCUGAUAGUGAACUAUUCAGACCAUAUUUCCCGUUACAAUAAUCUGGUCGAUGUAUCCAAAUGACUCUUUGUUUAUUAUACUGGAUCUUGUUGUGUUUGCGGAUUGCCUCCUGAUUGUACCUAUUUAUCGCGCCAUAAGUUUACCUUUUUAUGAAAUUUAUUUGGAAGACUGGGUUAAAAUGAGCAUAUUGUACCUUGAAAGAUUAUUUUCAUAUUGAAGAAACACAUAAAAUAUGAUCUUAUUAUAAGGAUUAAUAAAUUCAAAAUAUAUAAUAUAUACAUUUUAAAGAGUAAUAAAACGCACAACAUAUACGAUAAUAACUACUCGUCCUCCAAACAUAAGUCUUCCAUUAUCGAUCAAUUUACAAUGUAAUCAAAUGUUCCACAAAUUCAGGUGCACACUUAAUAUAGAUUAUUGUUACCGUAAUACAUUGGCGCAUGUGCAUAAGCGAAGUAAAGUGAUUAUAGGUAUACUUGCCACCAAGUCGGCUAUUAGAUAAGAAGUGAUAAUGCAUCUCGUGUACUUAAUGUAAAUAUAAUAAUUGUUAAUAGUAUAAGUUAGAGCACGUACAGAAUUCACUACCGAUUUAAUACACGAAUAGUACGUACUCGUAUGUAUUCUCUGUCGAAAAGACAUAAAUAGACAAAAUAUAUUUUAAGUGUUCAGAGUGUUCGCUAUUUUAGAUUUAUAAUUUCGUUAUAUUGUAUGAAUGUAAGUAGUUUCUUUGUAUUUUUUUGUAAAUUUCGCUUUAUUCGAUGUAAAAUAUUUAGUGUUAUUAGUCUGAGAGGAAACGCCGGUUACCAAUACAAAUAUAACUUGUUGCUUAUUGAUGAUAUUAUAAAUAUUUCUUUUAUAAAUUGUUAGAAAAGUUGUUUAAAAAUUAUCACUCGGAAUUUAAUGCAUGUUGCGUGAAUUAUAUCGUUUUGGGCACAGGAAUCAUCUACCGUUGUGUUUACGAUGCCCUCUUGUUAAGUUUCGAAAUAUUACGCAAAUUAGAAUUAUAUUUUAAUAUAAUAAUUUUGAGAUUUUAAAAUUAGAAUUUAAAUGAAAUAUCGUUAGAGAUUACUACGACAUUAAAAAAGCAUUGUAUUCCAAAUUGUAUACUAAAUUUAGAUAAUUAUACAUCUGUGAUUUUAAUUUAUUUCUGAGCUUCAUUUGGUAUUUUGUAUAUUGUCUCAAAAGAUAUCUCUCAAAGAACUAAUCUAAACGUUCCUGUAAGUAUAGAUAGAUCUCUAUUAUUGUUGCGAGUGUAAAAAUAUACUAUCAUUUAUAUAUAAAACGUAACUUUAUAAUAAAUAACCCGUCAAUGAAAAAAAAAAGCCUUGAUCCUAUGACCAGUUGAUAUGAGAUCUACUAUUAAAAAAUAAAUUCACGAUAAAAAGGUAAAAAAUUGUCAGUGUGUAAGUUACCUUUGUGUGAAUGAAAUAAUUGCCAUGCCUCUUUAGCCCUUUCUAUGCGGCGCUAAACAAAAUUCUACCAAACGACCUUAUAAAUAAAGCUUAUAAUACAAAAAUAUUCCUUUUAGAAAUAAAACGUGAUUAGACAAUCGCAUGGAAAGGGUUAACGAAUUCGUACCAAAUUAUUGAACACGCAUGAGAGAUGCUAUUUAACUUAUCACUAGAAUGACUAAGAUAUAGAGAUUAUUACAUCUAUCGUUUUUGUAUUUUUGAUACCUAUUGGUCGUUCCGAGGUCACCGAUUACCUUUUCAAAAUGAAAUAAAUAACAAUAAACUUUUAAUAUGUA